AGAAUUGCUUACUAAUCCAUCCUUUCCCAGCCUCCCCAGCUGUUUCUUUGCCUCCCCGGUUGCGCGUUAAGGGAGCUGAGUGGCAUUUUUUUCAAGGGAUGCUGGACUCUUGAUUCCAGAAGGGAGAGAUGUCGUUAAAACUCAGCGCCCCCACUAUUCCUAUCUGGGGUAGGAGCCGCGGGUGGAGAAAAGGAGACCUCUGGAGUCUGCAGAUGGUUUUUGUUUACAAGCACACGAAACCCGCAGCCAAAAUAGGACGACCCAUUUGGUUUAGCUGCAGGUCGAAACGUGGCACAUGUGGGUUUCCCCAGGCCGCCUCCUUGAAAGUCCCCCCCCCAAAAGGAGGAUGUAUGGGGUGUGUGUGGAGAUAGUGCCUUCCAGCUCAAAGGUCUCUCUUAGAAGUUUUAAGCACUGACUUAAUUAACUGAGGCUGCUUUUUCCAUUUGGAUGGCUCUGGCAAGCUGAGCUGUUUCCUGGCUCCUGAGCAUGGAUCCGACCUUGCUGCUACCGGUUGCUGUUACUCUUGAUCCCCGGGGUUUUAAUCAAGGGGCAGCAGAGCCCACUGAGCCCGUCUUGGACCCUUGCAGUCUCCUUUCGGAAAGGCACUAUGAAGUGGUACCCUGCGUGGUUUGUGCUCUCUGCUGCAUUUUUGGAGUGGCUUACUGCUGUUUUGGCUAUCGGUGUUUCAAGGCCAUCAUGUUUCUCUCCGGUCUCCUCUUUGGCUCCGCGGUGAUCUUUCUGCUUUGCUAUAAGGAGCGUAUCUUGGACACCCAGCUCAGCUUGGAGGUCAGCGCUGGCAUUGCCCUGGGCAUCGGAGUCUUGUGCGGCUUGGUUACUAUGCUGGUGCAUUCCGUGGGGUUGUUUCUGACAGGGCUUCUGCUUGGCUUGCUGGUGGCCACUGCUGGGCUAGUAGCCACCGAGCCUUUCUGCAAACUGCCCAGCGGGUGGGUCCCUGCCGGGGCCCUGCUGGGUUUGUCCCUCUUAGGUGCUGUCUUGGCACUGCGCUGGCAGAAGGUCCUCACGGUAAUCUCCACAGCCGUGUUUGGGGCUGCUGUUCUGACUCUCUGCUUGGACUACGCGGUGGAGAACCUGGCUUUGGGUCACCAUGUCUAUGACCGCCUGCGUCUGGGCCCUUCCUCCCUGCUCUGCUGGUGCGGCUGGGCAGUGCUGGCUACGUGGCCUGCCCUUGCCUUGAUGGGCAUCCUGCUGCAGUGGAAAGUGACUGCUGAAGGCUUCUCCCACACAGACGUGGUUCUGAAUCGACGCCAGAAACAAUUGCAACUCUUACGCAUUCGACAGCGGGAAGCCAAAAAGAGGCAGUGCCAAGGUCCACAGGAAGGCUCCUAUCGGCACAAGGCCAGUGCCAUCAAACGCUGUGCCGGAGACGUCCUCGCACCAAGUUACAUCCAGAGCCUGCGGGACCGUCAGCACUUGGGAACUGGCACCUCCCUGAGCAAUCUCAGCACAAGCGCUCAUACCACGGUGGAUCUGGAUUAUGACUCGGGAUCUACUGUCCCCCUCACCACGCCACAAGGUUGCCUCUGAAGGAUGUUUGGGUAUGUGUGUGUUUGUGAUGUUGCUGCGUUGUCUUCCUCCCCUUCUGCUUUUAGCAGAGCCAGAGCACAAGCCAGCCCAGGGUUCUGAAUACGUUCUCUCCUGUCUGCAAACAUCUUUUGAGUAGCCCGCUAUAUUUUUUUAAAAAAGAUUGCUUUUCAAGUGUUCAAACCAGAUGGGUCUGUCUCCUUUCCUCUCUUUGGGAAGGGCCACGGGUGACUUAAAGGAGGAGGCGAGAAAAGAUUUAAGGAACACACAUUAAUGUAUUUCCGUUUUAUCAGUGAAGGCAGUUUUCUUUAGAAGAUCUUGACAGCUACCUCCAAAUUUUGCCAGAAUAAAUGGAUUAAUGUCUUGUCACUACUUCUGAAGCUGAUUUUGUCUCUGUCUCAAUGCUAAGCCAUAGCUGGAUCCUUCUCUGGAUUGAGAAGGCAAUUUGCUCUACUUUGCAGCAUGUCUUUUGGCCUGGAGAAAUUGCCCUUUGUAGAAACUUAACUCAGGGGUAAAAUACAACCACAUGGUAGCUUACGAUGGUUUGUUGCAAUAGAAAUGCAUGGCAUACAUGUUCCGAUUUGUGGUGCUUCUCCUUCCAAGUUGUUGCCAUUUUUUGGUAUGUGUGCUGUACGAGAGAUUUAUUAUAUUUAGUUUAUCCUUUUUCUAAGGGCAAUUAAGGUUGCUUGUCUCAAGAGGGGAAAGCUGCUCUUCUAUCUUCUCCUUAAUCUAGGAUCCAAGCUGGACCCUUCAAAGCCAUAGUCGGACAUUCACCCUUGCCAUAAUUAUGGUCACCUGUGGUGCCCGGAACAGUCUAUAAAGGUCCCCAGCAAUUUCAACAUUUAAAAAAAAAUAAGUAUUCACAAGAUGUCAGCUUUCUCAUUGAAAUUUAUUUGACCUUAAGGUUAUGACUGAAACUAUUUGGGACACUCUCAUUGCACAAGAUCGCAUGCCAGAAAUCACCUCUUGAAGAUAGUUAACUCUAGCCAACAGGAAGGGUAGCAACAUUCUUACUAGCCCAGUCAUUCCAUAUUCCCUCCAGAGACAUGAAUUUGCCAUAAUAUCUACCUUACUGAAUGGAAGGGGAAUGGCACGAUCGUGUCUGUGGAAAGAACGGUAUUCUGUGGCCUUCAGAUACUGGGUUUUGAUCUAAAUCACCAUCGAAAACCUUUAUGGUUGUUGUGGUCCGUCAUCUGGAGAGCCGCAGGUUUCUUAAUCUCUGUUGUGGAAAAGUCUGACCAGCAGGGUUAUAAAAUUUAUGGGCGGAGCUUAUAUUUGCAUAACAGGCCACCUUGAUGAGAGGUUCACCUUUACUAAGUUGGUGAUGAUGACCAGAAAUCAGCUGGGAUGUAGCAAGAAAGUGAUUGCACUUCCUCCACCCUUGUAGCCCACAAAGCAAUGAAUGCCAAAUAAAACUGUUGUUAUUAUUUGGAGUGCCUUUUCUAGCAUGUAUAGAGCCAUACACGCUUCGGACUGAUUCCGAAUUUAACUUGACAAUGGUGCUUUUAUGAACAUGUACAUAAGGAUUAAAAAUAAAAAAAUAAAGAGUCCUAACCCUUGAACUCUUAACUGGGUAAGCUAACUCACCUGAUUUUCAAAUCCUGAUAUUUUUUUUGUAAUCCAAAUUCACUCUGUAUGCAUAGGUUCAAAUCCCGUUCAAGAAACCUUUUUGUUAUUGUGAUUGUUUCCUAUGAAAUGUUUGUUACUGUUUUAUAACUGUUCCUGUUUAUAAAACUUAACACAAA